AUGGUGCGCUCGUACCUUCGCCACGAGCCAACGUCGGCGUUCGGACUGAUCUGUUCAGCUUCGGCCAAUUCGAUUCUCGAUCCUGACACCAAGACCGCCUUCGUACCUGCGCUCGAAGACGUCCUUGUUUGGGAUGUACGAAGAGGAACUCUGCUCGCCACCUGGCACGAAAUCGGUCAUCGAUCCAAAGUGACCGCUCUGGCCAGAUCGCCCACGGAUCCCGACACCUUUGCCGUCGGCUACGAAGACGGAAGCAUCCGAUUGUGGUCUGCCGACACCCAUUCGACCUCGGUCACUUUCAACGGUCACAAAAAGGCAGUCAUUGCUCUCACCUUUGACAGCCAAGGCUUGCGAGUCGCCAGUGCCAGUCUCGACACAGACGUCAUCCUUUGGGAUCUCGUGGCCGAGACUGGUCUGUAUCGCCUGCGUGGCCACCGUGAUGCCGUCACUGCUAUCGCCUUUGUUCAGCUACCAUCGACUUUGCACGACCAGAAUGGUCCCUCUUCCUCCAACGGUGCGCAUACUGACUCUAGCGCCGCUGGCUAUCUGCUCAGCACCUCCAAAGAUGGUCUCUUGAAAUUGUGGGAUCUAUCUCUGCAACACUGCGUCGAGACCGUUGUCCACGGCUCGAAUGAGAUUUGGAGCCUGGCAGUCUCGCAGGAUGUACCGCUCGCCAUGCAGGUCUCCGCAAAGGCACAGCAGACGGAGGAAGAUGGCGACGAAGCGACCGAUAGCAACGCAAACGCGGACGGCGGUGCGCUCGUCCUCACCGGAAGUGCCGAUGGCGACAUCAAAGUGUGGGAAAUCCCUGCCAGUGCCCUCUCACGCGGACUUCAGACUGUCUCGGACAGAGACGACUCCGCCUCUGGCUCUUCCGAAAAGUUCAUCGUGCCCAAGGGCAGUAUUCCGCUUUCGGGAAAGCACCGUGUCACGCAGAUCGACUUCUGUGGUGUGCCUAAGCGUCGGGGCAGAACGGCAGCCGCUUCGUCGACCAGCGGGCAAGGCUACAUCGCUGUCUCUAGCACCGACAAGGCGGUUCAGGUCUUCCGACUGCGCUCGACCCAGGAGAUGUCGAAAAAGAUGGAGCGUCGUAGGAAACGCAACAAGGAGAAAGCCGAUAAGAAAAGAGCAAAGGAAGUGGCCAGCUCGACUGCGGUGGAGAACGCAUCCGAUGCGGCGCAAGAUCAAGUGACCUGGUCCGACCGGAUCGAGUCAUACACCAGUGUACGACCCCUGGCGGGCAAGCUAAAGAGCUUUUCGCUCGUGACCCCCCGCUCAGGCUCAACAGCAUCCAGCAAAUUUGGCCUCAGCGUUCUCUGCGCCCUCGCCAGUAACGCUCUCGAGAUCUACAGCGUUCCUUCACCACCGCGUACCAAAGCCGAGAAGGCCAACCCGAUCGAGCCGGUCCUCGCGAGCGCACUGGAAUCACCAGGACAUCGAUCCGACAUUCGCGCUGUUGCCCUUUCCACGGACGACAACCUGCUCGCGUCUGCAUGCGGUGCGGGUCAACUCAAGAUCUGGAACGUCCAGACGGGUCGAUGCGUCCGAACGCUUCCAUGCGGAUACGCUCUGUCGGUAGCAUGGCUCCCCGGCGACCAGCACGUCCUCGUCGGGUGCAAAGACGGAUCGCUUCGCAGCUUUGACGUCCGAGCUGGUAUCGCUGUAGAGACGAUCGAUGCGCACCAAGGUCCCCUGUGGAGCGUGGCCGUGCAGCCGGAUGGGCUUGGCUGCGUUUCCGCUAGCGCCGACAAGGAAGUCAAGUUCUGGGAGUUCGAGAUGCAGGCGCCUGAAGACGACAGCGACAGCGAAGACAACGAGUCGGGAGAGGCGAACGGAACGGGCAAAGCCAAACCACCCCCACAACUAUCGCUCGUCCACGUGCGAACGCUCAAGAUGACCGACGACGUGCUCUGCGCACGCUUCUCACCCAACGGCAAACUUCUCGCCCUCUCCCUACUCGACAACACGGUCAAGGUCUUCUUCGCCGACUCGCUCAAAUUCUUCCUCUCGCUCUACGGUCACAAACUUCCCGUUCUGUCGCUCGAUAUUUCCAGCGACAGCAAGCUCUGUGUCACCGUUUCCGCCGACAAGAACGUCAAGAUCUGGGGUCUCGACUUUGGCGACUGCCACAAGUCCAUCUUUGCGCACAACGAGAGCAUCAUGGGCGUAUGUUUCGAGCGAGGCCAACAGGGUGGAGGGUUGAUGGGUGGUAGGCAGGGUGAAUCGCAUCACUUCUGGACGGUGGGUAAGGACGGAUUGUUGAAGCACUGGGAUGGAGAUAACUUUCAAAUGAUCCAGCAGUUAGAAGGGCACCAUGGCGAGGUGUGGGCUGUUGCACCGGGACAUGCCGGAAAAGUGGUGGUGACGGCUGGUGCGGAUCGAAGCAUCAGGACAUGGGAGAAGACGGACGAACCGUUGUUCUUGGAGGAGGAGAGGGAGAGGGAGAUGGAAAGGGCAUUUGAGAGCGCAGGCCAGAAUAGGGGGGACGACGAACGCGCGAUCGGAGAGUUGGCUGAUGGUGCCGAUGCUGAUGGUCAAGGGGCGACGGGAGUGAAUGGACCGGAGGCGACGGCUGUCUCCAAGAGCACGAGGGAGACCAUGAUGGCGGGAGAACGCUUGGUCGAAGCAUUGGAUACGGCCGACGCCGAUGUUUCCGCUCGUCUUGCCGCUCGAGCUGCGGGUCAAGCCGAACCAGCCUACCAUGCCCUCAUCAUGGCCGAGUUCGAAUCUUCACGAACUCGUUCUCCCGUGGAUGAAGACAUCUCCGCUCAAAAGUACGUCCUUCGAGUCGUCGAAAAGAUCCUACCCGCCCAACUCGACGAUGCACUCCUCGUGCUCCCAUUCGACAAAGUACUCUCUCUGCUCAAAUACCUCGAUUUCUGGGCUAGGAAAGAGUGGAACAUUCCUCUCGUCUCACGCAUCCUCUUCUUCCUCCUCCGUACGCACCACAAUCAGAUCGUAGCCAACAGAGUCAUGCGUCCUACGCUGCUCGAUCUCAAGUCUCACCUCAAACAGGCUCUGGCUAGACAGAAGGCGACGAUCGGAUUCAACCUGGCAGCGUUGAAGUUCAUCAAGGCUCAACACGUGGCUGCCAAGACGAGCGAGAUCUACGAGAGACAAGGGCUGGACGUGGAUGAGGACGACGUCAGGAGGAAGAUCGAGGCCAACGCUGCUAGGAAGCGAAAGAUUCGGGUUGCGUAA